GGGCCAGCGCGGGCGGUCGGAAGAAUCCAAACCACAGAGCGAGAAACCGGCCAGCGCGGAGCGAGGACGCGGAGCAUCCCAGAUCUUGCCUUCAACAUGUUUCCAUCCCUGGGGCAUGAUCAUGCUGCUGGGCCUGGCCCUAGUGCUCGGAGUGGCCCUGUGCCUAGGGUUUGGCCAACCCCUGGUGUGGGCUCCUGAACGCCCCUUUUCUGUGCUGUGGAACAUACCCUCAGCACACUGUAAGACUCGCUUCGGCGUGCACCUGCCACUAGAGGCCCUGGGCAUCACAGCCAACCGUGGCCAGCGUUUUCAUGGCCAGAACAUCACCAUCUUCUACAAGAACCAGCUUGGCCUCUAUCCCUACCUUGGGCCCGGGGGCACAGCUCACAAUGGGGGUAUCCCCCAGGUUGUCCCUCUUGACCGCCACCUGGCACGGGCUGCCUUCCAGAUCCAUCGCAGCCUAGGACGUGGUUUUGCUGGCCUGGCAGUGCUAGACUGGGAGGAAUGGAGCCCACUCUGGGCUGGAAACUGGGGCCGCCGCCGAGCCUAUCAGGCAGCCUCAUGGGCUUGGGCACAGCGGGUAUUCCCCGACCUGAGCCCCCAGGAGCAGCUCCAUGAGGCCCGUGCUGGCUUUGAGCAGACAGCCCGUGCCCUGAUGGAGGACACACUGCGGCUGGGCCAAGCCCUGCAACCCCAUGGGCUCUGGGGUUUCUACCGCUUCCCAGCCUGUAGCAAUGGCUGGCAUGGUAUCACUUCCAAUUACACGGGACACUGCCACCCAGCUGCCCUUGCCCGCAACACCCAACUUCAUUGGCUCUGGGCUGCCUCCAGUGCCCUCUUCCCUAGCAUCUACCUCCCACCCAGGCUGCCACCCAUCUACCACCAGGCAUUUGUCCGAAACCGCCUGGAGGAGGCCUUCCGUGUGGCCUCUGUUGGACACCCACAUCCUCUGCCUGUUCUGGCCUAUGCCCGCCUCACACACCGGAGCUCUGGAAGGUUCCUGUCUCGGGAUGAUCUUGUGCAGACCAUUGGUGUGAGCGCAGCACUCGGGGCAGCCGGCGUGGUGCUCUGGGGGGACCUGAGCUUCUCCAGCUCUGAGGAGGAGUGCUGGCAUCUCCAUGACUACCUAGUGGGCACCCUGGGCCCCUAUGUAAUCAACGUGACCAGGGCAGCCAUAGCCUGCAGUCACCAGCGGUGCCAUGGCCACGGGCGCUGUGCCUGGCAAGAUGAAGGACAGCUGGAAGCCUUUCUGCACCUGCAGCCAGAUGGCAGCCCUGGAUCCUGGGAGUCCUUUGGUUGCCGUUGUUACCUGGGCUGGGCUGGCCCUACCUGCCAGGAGCCAGGCCUGAAGCAGCAGCAUAAAGCCAGAAGUACCUGCUCCUGUGUCUCUUGUCCCUGCUGCCAUAUGUCCUUGUCCCUGUCCCACACUUGUUCUAUUCAGUUUAUACUCAGUCCUCCCACACACACCCUCCACUUCCCAUGGGACCCCUGGGAAGUGGAAGGGGCCAGAAAAAAAAUGGUUUACCCCAUUUUACCUUAUUAUUUUGCUUGCACUAUUUCAAAACCAAAGUUCCUCUGAGAUCACUGGAUCCCUUCUGAUAAGAAAGCAGCCCAAGGGAGAGUCAGCGUUUCAGAUGGUUAGGGUUGCCAGCCCAGAGCUCUGUUCCAACUCCUCACCAAGUCCAUGGAAAGGUCAUAGGAGACCCAUCCAGGGACAGGUAGGCUCCAAGAUCUCGGCUAAGGUCUGUAAGUGCUAAGCUGUUGUCUUUCCUCUGCUUCAUCAUAAAGUCACUUUUUCUUUCA